AUGCUUGGUACAUUAGACCGACAGCAGAAGUCUAAUUGUAAAGCUUACGUUGCACCCAUGGUUCACCCCUACAACUGCACUCGUCACGAGUCAACAGGAGUUGCACCGUAUUUCCUCAUGUUUGGACGACAGCCACGUCUUCCGAUUGAUUUAGCUUUUGGACUUCACAAAGACACCAAGAUGCCAGCCACAAAGUACAUCCAAGGUCUUCGUGAUAGACUUGCCUGUGCCUACCAACUGGCAACAGAAGCAUCCAAGAAAGCACAAGCAACUCAGAAGGAAGCAUACGAUCUUCGAGUCAGAGGAGCCUCUAUACAGAAGGGUGACCGUGUGUUGGUGAAGAUCGUAUACUUCGAUGGCAGACACAAGUUGGCUGAAAAAUGGAAAGAUGUACCAUACGAUUUAUUGGAUCAGCCAAAUCAAGACAUUCCUGUAUUUACCGUCAUCCGUGAAGAUGGAGAGGGAAAAAUAAAGAAAUUCCAUAGAAAUCUACUUCUUCCAGUUGGCUACAUCAGAGACCAGGAACCAGUAGAGUUACAAACUACCAAACAGAGACCAACUCCACGCCCACGUGCUAGUAAACAACAGAAAAUACCAGUGGUUCAGGCAACCAAGGAGGAUUCAGCUGAUGACACAGCAUCAACUAUUUCAGAGGACUGCGAGGUUGGAUUUGUGUUGACAGUGGACAGCGAAUCAUCUCUUGCUGAAGACUCCAAUGCCAACAUAGAUAUCAUUGAUGAGGAUACCGGUCUGUGA